GCCUGCCUCACUCCACCUGAAACCAUGAAUGAGGCCCGCAGGGACAGCACAAGCAGCCUGCAGCGCAAGAAGCCGCCCUGGCUAAAGCUAGACAUCCCGGCUAUGGUGCCCCCGGCAACAGAGGAACCUGGCUUCCUGCAGCCCUUGAGACGCCAGGCUUUCCUGCGGAGUGUGAGCAUGCCCGCUGAGUCAGCCCGUGUGCCUUCGCCCUACCAUGAGCCCCGGCGGCCUGUGCUGCAGCGGCAGACGUCCAUCACACAGACCAUCCGCAGGGGGACAGCUGAUUGGUUCGGAGUGAGCAAAGACAGUGACAGUACCCAGAAGUGGCAACGCAAAAGCAUCCGUCACUGCAGCCAGCGAUACGGGAAACUGAAGCCUCAGGUCAUCCGGGAACUGGACCUACCCAGCCAGGACAAUGUGUCUUUGACCAGUACUGAGACACCACCUCCACUAUAUGUGGGGCCAUGCCAGCUGGGCAUGCAGAAGAUCAUAGACCCUCUCGCCCGGGGCCGGGCCUUCCGCAUGGCAGAUGAUGCUGCUGAUGGCCUGAGUGCUCCGCACACCCCUGUCACGCCAGGUGCUGCCUCCCUCUGCUCCUUCUCCAGCUCCCGCUCAGGUUUCAACAGGCUCCCUCGGAGACGCAAGCGCGAGUCCGUGGCCAAGAUGAGCUUCCGGGCAGCCGCAGCACUCAUGAAGGGCCGUUCUGUUAGAGAUGGCACAUUGCGCCGGGCACAGCGCCGAAGCUUUACCCCUGCCAGCUUCCUAGAGGAGGACACAGUGGACUUCCCUGAUGAGCUGGACACAUCCUUCUUUGCCCGGGAAGGUGUCCUCCACGAGGAGCUGUCCACGUACCCGGAUGAAGUGUUUGAGUCCCCAUCAGAGGCAGCGCUCAAGGACUGGGAGAAAGCCCCUGAGCAGGCUGACCUCACGGGUGGGGCCCUGGACCGGAGCGAGCUGGAGCGCAGCCACUUGAUGCUGCCCCUGGAGCGCGGCUGGCGGAAGCAAAAGGAGGGCGGCACAGCGGCCCCACAGCCCAAGGUGCGGCUUCGACAGGAGGUGGUGACUCCCGCGGGACCACGACGCGGCCAGCGCAUCGCUGUGCCCGUGCGGAAGCUCUUUGCCCGUGAGAAGCGGCCGUAUGGGCUGGGCAUGGUGGGGCGCCUCACCAACCGUACCUACCGCAAGCGCAUCGACAGCUACGUCAAGCGCCAGAUCGAGGACAUGGACGACCACAGGCCCUUCUUCACCUACUGGCUCACCUUCGUGCACUCGCUCGUCACCAUUCUAGCCGUGUGCAUCUAUGGCAUCGCGCCCGUGGGCUUCUCGCAGCAUGAGACGGUGGACUCGGUGUUGCGGAACCGGGGUGUUUACGAGAAUGUCAAGUACGUGCAGCAGGAGAACUUCUGGAUCGGCCCCAGCUCGGAGGCCCUCAUUCACCUGGGUGCCAAGUUCUCGCCCUGCAUGCGCCAGGACCCGCAGGUGCACAGCUUCAUCAGCACCGCCCGUGAGCGGGAGAAGCACUCCGCCUGCUGCGUGCGCAACGAUCAGUCUGGCUGCGUGCAGACCUCAGAGGAGGAGUGCUCGUCCACGCUGGCAGUGUGGGUGAAAUGGCCGAGGCAUCCCAGCGCCCCAGACCUUGCUGGUCACAAGAGGCAGUUUGGCUCUGUCUGCCACCAAGACCCCAGGGUGUGUGAUGAGCCCUCCUCUGAGGAUCCCCACGAGUGGCCAGAAGACAUCACCAAGUGGCCGAUCUGCACCAAAAACAGUGCUGGGAACCAUACCAAUCAUCCUCACAUGGACUGUGUCAUAACGGGCCGGCCUUGCUGCAUUGGCACCAAAGGCAGGUGUGAAAUCACCUCCCGGGAGUACUGUGACUUCAUGAGAGGCUACUUCCACGAGGAAGCCACACUCUGCUCGCAGGUGCACUGCAUGGAUGAUGUGUGUGGUCUCCUGCCUUUCCUCAACCCCGAGGUGCCUGACCAGUUCUACCGCCUAUGGCUGUCCCUCUUCCUGCACGCUGGGAUUCUGCACUGCCUGGUGUCUGUCUGCUUCCAGAUGACUGUCCUGCGCGACCUGGAAAAGCUGGCAGGCUGGCACCGCAUAGCCAUCAUCUAUCUGCUGAGUGGUGUCACUGGCAACCUGGCCAGUGCCAUCUUCCUGCCAUACAGGGCAGAGGUGGGCCCGGCCGGUUCGCAGUUUGGCAUCCUGGCCUGCCUCUUCGUGGAGCUCUUCCAGAGCUGGCAGAUCCUGGCACGGCCCUGGCGUGCCUUCUUCAAGCUGUUGGCUGUGGUGCUCUUCCUCUUCGCCUUUGGGCUGCUACCCUGGAUCGACAACUUUGCCCACAUCUCGGGCUUCAUCAGUGGCCUCUUCCUCUCCUUUGCCUUCCUGCCCUACAUCAGCUUCGGCAAGUUUGACCUGUACCGCAAACGCUGCCAGAUCAUCAUCUUCCAGGCAGUCUUCCUGGGCCUGCUGGCUGGCCUGGUGAUCCUCUUCUACUUCUAUCCCGUCCGCUGUGAGUGGUGCGAGUUCCUCACCUGCAUCCCCUUCACCGACAAGUUCUGUGAGAAGUAUGAGCUGGAUGCUCAGCUCCACUGAGCUAGCUGUGGGCGCUGGUGGCUGUGACCACCCUUAGCCUCACAGGUGUGCAGGACUGUGCCUGAUCUAUGUGGGGACUUGCGUUUUCCAAACACAGACCUCUUGUGCCUUGUUCAUUUUUGUUGAACCCUUUAUAUUGCUGGGCAUUUAUUACACUAAUUCCCAUGAUAACCUUCUAACUAGUCCCUUGACGACCACUGCAUGUGGCCAAUAAAUGGACUGGGAGCGUUUUAGCUGCCACUAACUUGA